UUCAGCAGGAAGUGCUUUAAGUCCUCCUUACUUUACCAAGCAAGUCCAGGGAAUACUUAUCUGGUCCACAAAUGGGGACAGGAGAAAGAAAAGCACCAGAGGCGUCCUAUCAGCUUUAGUCCGCUGCAGAGCUGAAACGGUGGGCAACCCCUUUGGUUGGACGUGGUGGAAAAACGAAUGGCUGUGCCCCCCCAAAGACGAGAUGAUGAACAAACAAAAAAAGAAGAAAACAUCCGUUGCUUGCCUUUACUUGACAAUUUUGGCUUUGAAUGCUUCCCCCGCCAGUUGGUGCAUAGAUCUAUUCAACAAGGAUUCUCUUUUAAUAUUCUCUGUGUAGGCGAAACCGGAAUUGGAAAAUCAACUCUGAUCGACACAUUGUUUAAUACUAAUUUUAAAGAACACAAAUCCUCACAUUUUCACCCCAGUGUUGGACUUAAAGUUCAGAUGUAUGAUCUCCAUGAAAGUAAUGUUCACUUGAAAUUAACGGUUGUGAAAACAGUCGGCUAUGGCGAUCAAAUAAACAAGGAAGCCAGCUACCGACCGAUCAUCGACUACAUAGAUACUCAGUUUGAGGCCUAUCUCCAAGAAGAGCUGAAGAUCAAGCGUUCUUUAAUCAAGCUCCACGAUUCCCGAGUCCACGUGUGUCUCUACUUCAUUGCCCCGACAGGGCAUUCUCUGAAGUCACUGGAUCUGGUAACCAUGAAGAUGCUUGACAGUAAGGUGAACAUUGUACCACUGAUCGCCAAAGCAGACACGGUUUCAAAAACGGAUUUACAGAAGUUUAAGAGUAAGAUCAUGAGCGAAUUGGCUGGCAACGGCAUCCAGAUCUACCAGAUCCCGGCCAAUGAUGAAGCCAGUGCGUCGGUGAACUCACUGCAGGAAUGUCUGCCCUUUGCCGUGGUGGGAAGCAUGGACGAAGUGAGAGUUGGGAAGAGGACAGCCAGAGGCCGCCAGUACCCGUGGGGAGUGCUACAAGUGGACAAUGAAAGCCACUGCGACUUCGUGAAGCUGCGCAAUAUGCUCCUGUGUUCCAACAUGGAGGACCUGAAGGAGGACACCCACAUCCAUCACUACCAGCGGUACCGCUGCCACAGGCUGACGAAAAUCGGCUUCGCGGACGUGGGUCCCGACAACCAACCCCUCAGUUUUCAAGAGAUCUAUGGAGCCAAAAGACAGGAGUUCUCUGAGCAGUGCCAGAGGGAGGAGGAGCGGCUGAAACAGAGGUUUGUGCAGCGGAUCAAGGAGAAAGAAGCUGAAUUUAAAGAAACCGAGAAAGAGCUGCAGGAUGAAUUUCAGCACCUUAAGCGAAUCCAGCAAGAGAAGACAAAGAAGCUGGAGGAAGAGAGAAGACAGCUGGAAGAAGAAAUCAUCGCGUUCUACAAGAUGAAAGCAGACUUUGAAGCCCAGCAAGCCCAGCAGGCCCAGCCGGCUAGCAACCUGAAGAAGGACAAGGAGCGGAAGAAGUAGCCCCUCCUCCCAUCCUGCCAGUGCCAGAGCCCCUGGCUCCCUGUCCCCCUUCCUGGUGGGCUCUGCUCCCAGCACUUAACUCCGCGUUGGUCAUUUUGAUACUUUUUGUAAAAGGCUGUGGGCUGACUGUACAUCUUUCCAGACUGGAACAUGAACUCGUGGAGGGCAGGCACCUGGAACCCCCCCCCUUCCCUGCUCUCUCUUAGCACUGAAACCCAAACUCCAAACUCUAAACUCAUUGCCAUUGAGCUGAUGGGACUCAUAGUGCCCCUAUAGGACCAGGUAAAA